AUGGAGACAUUCUUAUACUAUGCAGGGAAACUCCUGUUUGAGGUCUGUCUGCAGAAAUACAGAGACCACCAAAGAGAACAAAUCUUAAAUGUUAGUCUUGUUGGCGGGUUAAUACGUAAUGUCUUUUGGGAAUAUUGUUUAACAACACAAGUGUUUUUCCAUAAAAAUACAGAACAGAAGCAGAUAGACAAGGUGACAUCCUCACGGGAGAAGGAGCUGGCAGAAAAAGAUGCCACCAUAAGAGCUUUGGAAGAGGAGAACAAGACGUUAGCCAGCGAACUGGCCCAUCUUCUGGAGCGGAAUGAGGAACUCAAGCACUUAACAAAUCUUGAUCCAGAAAGAGAGGCUGACAGAAAGGAGUUGGAGGUUGCAAUAUUGAAGAAAAAAUUGGAAAUGGAGCAGAAGGCAAUCAGCCGACUCACCGCUGAGGUCUCAAGAGAGAGGGAGAGGAGAAGAGACCUCAUGAGAGCGCGGGACCGGGCAAUCGAUGCCAUCUGCUCCCAGCUACUGUCUAUCCCUUAUUCGGAGAGAAGAUUGUCGCCUCUGCAAGAAGCAAAUAGAAAAAAAUAUCUGAAUGCGUCAAGAAGUAGCUCGGGGUCAAGUGAAAACAGAUGACUCUAUCGCGGUCAAGAACAUGUGGGUUCCCAACCGCAGAUUGUAGUAGAGAUGGAUGAAUUCAAAGACACCUGUCCCUCUUUUUGGGACUCCCUCUUCUCCCGUCUUAACUCAACCAGGAACAACCAGGACCAGCUGUGGCUCAGAGAUGCAGUCAAGUGACAU